GUUCGACCAUCGACACCAUCGAUCACCGAGCCUAACCACUUUGUCUUGUCUGUCGAGUCGCUCAGCACUCCCACCCAACACUCGACUUGAUUCUUUUAUCCGGGGUCCCCCUACCCAAAGUCCAAGCUAGUAUCAGCACGCGACCAGACAGACAGCCCGGAAACUGUCUCCCUCCCUUACCAUCCCCGAGCCGGCGUUUCGGAACAAACAGAAACAACACCACACCCAUAGCAUGUUGACUGGAUAUUUUACAAGACAACAGUAUUUCUAGAUCGACAUCCCACAGCAAUGUCGACCACCACCACUGCCUCGGGCACUAAGAGGGCUCCUCUCUCCGACAACCCCAAUGCCGCCAACUCGCCGCUGCGUGGGUCCUCGGCUACCGCCUUGGCACUACAGGGCUCUAAAAAGGCCGCCGUCCGCUCCCAUGCCGAUCAGCUUAGAGAGGAGCCAUACGGUCAACCACCGCCGGCCAAGAGACAGAUGAUUGAACAUGGCGGUCAACGCGCCGCCGCCUCGCCGACGAGCUCCCGGUCCAAUGUGUCCAAUAUCACGCGCAAGGCCUCGACGAUAUCCCGGCCCAUUGAUCGGGAACGGCCUGAAAGGGCUUCUUCUAGAUCAGGCACCACCGCGGCUACCAGCACCACCCGUGCCGAGAGGUUGUAUGCCGCCUCCACCACCACCACCACCACCACCACCACCACUACCACCUCCACCACGACGACCGACCGCAUCACCGCAAAGGAACUUGAAGACCUCAGUAUAUGGCAAGCCUCUAUGAGAUCUCGCUUUCACAAGAUGGUCUUUUACUUUGAGAGCAUUCCCGACGAGCAACGUCACAAGCUCGCCAAACAAGUCGCUCAAUUGGGCGCUCGCGAGGAAAAGUUCUUUUCCAUCGAAAUCACCCAUGUCGUCACCACCCGUCCUAUUCCCCCUGUAAAGCCAGUCCAGGACGAGAACCAGCCCGUUACCAACACGCAGUCGACAAGUGAACAGCCAAAGACAAUCGAUCCCUCUCUCCUGAACCGCAAUGGCGACUCGGUCCGACGCAAACUCAUUUUCGACAAGCCCUCACUCCGGAAAUCCUCUGUGCAGCCCCAGGAAGAGACGAUGCCGAAGCCGAAAGCACGCAGCACUGACAUCCUGCACCGUGCGCGGGACAUGGGCAAGAAGAUCUGGUCGCUUGACAAACUCCAGAGGAUUCUCGGCAUGGUCCUUGAAACGGACUUGUACAAGGCUGCAUUGUUGGGCCGAGGCCACACACCAGCAGCCGCUGACAGGGCCAAGGCUCGCCAGCAGACUGCCAAUGUACUCCAAAUGCUCCAGAAUGAGCGUGUUCAUGGCCCCUCCGAUCGUGAUCCCACCGUUGUGACCAAGGACAUCCACUACUUCAAGGGCCCCUACAUUUAUGUGUACGACAUUGAGGAGAAGACGAGGCCGAUCAUGGUGAGGGAGUACCACAGAGUUGCCGACAAGAAGGACGGCGAAUGGCCUCAGUUCCGUGUAGCAUCUCAAGGCCGUUGCCCAUUCGUUGAGGAUUAUGAUCCCCCUGAAAGGACGAGGCGGGAAAAGACCCAGGCCAAGGAGAAAGUUGUCAAAGCUGCAGAUGCCGCCGCCGCCGCUACCGAGAAGGCUACCAAGACCCUCCAGCCCCCCGAGGUACCAUCACCCAAGCCGGUUACGGGAAAGCGUACUCUUAAGGAGAUGGAAGCACCCAACGACCGUGCAACCGAAGUAGUUGACGAUGCCCCCGAAACCGUCGAGUCAGCCAAGGAGUCCACUCCUUCAGUCGAUUUCCGUUCGCAGAAUGCCUUUAUGAGCCAUACCACCAAAGUCGGCCGUUUGGUAGCCGGAGAGCCCGUCGCUUCUGGCAUCCAGGCCAACAAGCUCACCUCCGCCAUUCGCUCUCAGAUGGUGUCGUCCACCACCGGUGUCCUUGGCGCCAAGGCCGGUAUCAGCAAGGAAGUUUUGGGUCUUCAGCGCAAGGUUCUUCAGAAGGCUGGUGGUCCUUCCCUUUCGCAAGACUCUGGUGUUCGUCGCUUGGCCGAGAUUGGUGUGGAUGCCGCCCAGUGCACUCGUGCCGCCAGCUUGGGUAAUCCAGCCAAACCCCCGAUGCCUGGUAUCUGGGAGGAUGAUGAAGCUCGGAAGCAGGAGCAGGCCAAGAAGGAGAGAAAAUUGCGCAGGACCGCGAGCACACCCGUUCCCCCGACAAAGCCGAAGCCGCGCGAUCCCAAGCCGGGUUACUGCGAAAACUGUCAAGAUAAGUUCGAGGACUUUGAUGCGCAUAUUGUAUCCCGCAAGCAUCGCCGCUUCGCCGAGAACGACGACAACUGGGCCCAGCUCGACGCUCUCCUUGGCAAGCUCUCGCGCGCUCCCCGCGAGCCGCGUUAUCGGUCCGUGGGUGAUGAGAGGUGGCAGUAAACUACUGCCAUGUUGCCGCACAUGAGACCUACCCUUGGCUCCUGACGACUAGCUGUACUUGCUUUCCCUUCUUGUUUUCUUCAUCUUCCCUUUUGACCUGUUUCUCUUUAGUCAGUCGGGAAUCAUGUGGCGGUGUCAUGUGUCGUUCAAUGUUGGAGAGGUUUCCUUUUCUUUGCCCUUUUUUCUUCAAUUGUCCCAACGCACAAGUUCGUUAC